AUGGCUCGUCUCCGCAAGGCACCCGCCUCGCAGGCGCAGACACAGCCGCCCGCGUCCAUCACGCGCCGCGCACUCAAGGAAAAGACAAAUACAGCCGUAAACUCUCCAGCCCCGAGAUACGAGGACGACGGAAAUGCCGAAGCGAUGGUCAAGGACGCGAAACCGCGAAGAGGACGCACGAGAAAGCAGACGCGACAGGACAGCGACGAUUUGCUCAUGGCAGGCGCAAUUGGGCCCUCUGACGAGCCUGCGCCACCCAGCGACGUCCCUACGACCACGGACGAACUUGCAAAGAGCGAUUCCGCGACAGCUCCCGCCGCAAAAGGUAAUCGUCGACCGGCUCGCACCAUUCGCAAAGUGGCACAGAGCGAGGCACAAACCAAAGUCUUGGAGGGUUUGAAGCAACGCAUGGCCGCCACUGCUCGGGGCCAGCGUGUCCAGGAAGCGCCACGAACAGAGCCAAUAGAUCCAGUCGCAUCAUCCGACUCAUUUCCAGCCAUUGCGCCGGCGCGCAAAACAGCUCUGCGCAAGUCAAAUGACAUUGUUCCUGAGCGUUCCGAAUUUUCCCUGUCGCCCUCUCCGCCACCACCUGGAAAGCUGAGCACUGUCCAAGGAAAGCGCUCUUCACUGACCCAGCCGGGAUCCGUCCUUAGGAAUCAAAGCACUCCCGCCGUGGAGACAAGCAUUCUAGCUUUGAAGAACUUCAAACGCAGACCGCGCCAGCCAAGUAUGUUAGCAAUGGUGCAACAGCGGACCGCCAGCGCACGACCCUCGGCUGCUCAUACCGAUCUUGCCAUUGAAGACUCGAGUAUGUUUGAUCUAGAGCUUGACGACGAAGACGACUUCGCGCCCGAGGCAGAGGGCACGCCAUUGAAUGUGGCGAAGAAUAAACGGAAGUCCACUGCAAGCACCGGGUUGCGGGCUAAGCGACGAAAAUCGACAAUCGAUGACACGCAAGACAACACAGGUGGUGAGCCUUUCGUGACCGCUGAUGAGAUUGUCGUUGCUGUGCCAUCAUCCUCGCAGCGAGCGGAAACGCCCCAGCCAGCGGCAACUUCGGAUGCUCAUAAUGCUCAAGUCCCGUCGUCUUCAACACCGCCCACCGAGCCGUCAUUCGCUGCGGGAUCUUUGGGUGCUAAGAGUGCCGACGUCAUGGUGCCAUCGACAGAAAGGGAGCAAAGUGAAAGGGAGCAAAGCGUUGCAAUUCCGUCUACUGAAAGGUCAAGUGGCUCAAGGCGAGGCGCCAAGAGAAUAGCUCGAGUCGGUACAAUUGACGCUGAUGAGAGCGGCAUUGACACCCCAAAUGGGACUAUGGCCGAGCCGGCUAGCAGUAGCCCAGCCCAGGAGGAAAUGCGCAAUACGCAGUACAACACAGACAUGGCGGAUCCAGUCACACAGAUCUCUCCAGUGCGUAGCAGAGCGAAGGCCGCGAAGAAGCAGAAGCCGGUAUCCACGGCUACACUACAAUCGCUGCUUCCCAAGCGUAGGAAAAUUCUGAAGCCUCGUCAGCGGAAGAGUGAGUACGACAUGGCCUCUGACUCCGAGGACGAGGAAGACGUCGUCCUGGACGUCAGCCAUUUGGAAAACGACGAGGACGAGCUGGGUGGUGAGACACGCCGAAGGGCACCUUCCAAAGCGCGUGGUAAAACCAGCACCAGGAAGUCUGGUGCAGGCAAGAAGGUUGCUGCGCAUGCCGCGCGGCAAUCUACUGUCGCUCGAAGCCGGGAAGCUGCCGAACUGUCGAUUGCCCAGGGCCGUAGGAGGACCUACGGCAGGGAUGCCAUCGCGGAUAAGGAGAACGAUGAAGAGUUCGAAGCUUUCGAGGAUGCUGAUGAAUCCAUUCUACCGGAAGAAUGCAUCUCAAUGCAUGACGCAAUUAGGGGCAAGGAGCUCGAACAGGCGAAGCGGAUAUUUGCCGAAGUAGAUGACUGGGAUAUGGAGUUUGAAAGCAUGAGCCAAGAAGAUCAUGGGAGUUCUAGUCAGGGCUGGAGAUGA